AGACCGGCCAGGAAGGCGUCCAUCUGUCGUGUGUGUGAGAGAGUGCGGGUGUGUGACUGUGUUUGUGUGUGUGUGUGUGUGUGUGUGUGUGUGUCUCUCUCCUCGGGAAGUGCCAUCCACGGAUAUUGUGUUGCAUUCUGCUCCUGUCAGAAAGUGACCGAGGAAGCGGGUGGAUCAGCAUCAGCGGCGGCAGCAGCAGCAACAGAGGAGAGCGAUAGCCAUGUCUUCCAGCUCAGCGAUGGUGCGGAUCCUGAUAAAGGGCGGCAAGGUGGUGAACGACGACUGCACCCAGGAGGCCGACGUGUACAUCGAGAACGGCAUCAUCCAGCAGGUGGGGAAGGAGAUGAUGAUCCCGGGCGGGGCCAAAGUGAUCGACGCCUCGGGAAAACUGGUCCUGCCCGGCGGCAUCGACACCAGCGUCCACCUGGAGGAGAGCUUCAUGAACGCCACCACGGCAGACGACUACUACAGUGGCACCAAGGCGGCUCUAGCCGGCGGUACGACAAUGGUCAUCGGACACGUUCUGCCAGAGAGGGAUGAGUCUUUGCUGGAAGCCUACGAGAAGUGUCGCAGCUUGGCGGACCCCAAAACCUGCUGCGACUAUGCUCUGCACGUGGGUGUGACUUGGUGGGGACCCAAGGUACAAGCUGAGAUGGAGAAGCUGGUGAGGGAGAAAGGAGUGAACUCCUUCCAGAUGUCCAUGGCCUACAAGGACAUGUUCAUGCUGAGAGACGGCGAGCUUUUCCAGGCCCUGCAGCACUGCAAGGACAUUGGAGGCAUCGCAAGAGUCCACGCUGAGAACGGGGAACUGGUGGCCGAGGGUGCAAAGGAAGCGCUGGACCUGGGCAUCAGUGGCCCUGAGGGGAUUGAAAUCAGUCGGCCCGAAGAGCUGGAAGCAGAGGCGACCCACAGGGCAAUUACCAUCGCCAACAGGGCCCACUGCCCGAUCUAUCUGGUGAACGUGUCCAGCAUGUCCGCCGGAGACGUAGUGGCCGCGGCCAAGAUGCAAGGUAAGGUGGUCCAUGGGGAGACGGCCAUGGCCCACGCCGUGCUGAACGGUAUGCAGUACUACCAUCAGGACUGGGUCCACGCUGCGGCCCACGUUACCGUGCCUCCUCUCCGCCUGGACCCGAGUACUCCCAAUUACCUAAUGAGCCUGCUGGGAAAUGACACUCUGAAUGUCGUGGGGUCCGACCACCGUCCGUUCACCAUCAAACAGAAGGCCAUGGGUAAGGAUGACUUCACAAAGAUCCCCCACGGGCUCCCCGGCAUUCAGGACCGCAUGAGCGUCAUCUGGGAGAAAGGAGUGAUUGGAGGCAAAAUGGAUGAGAAUCGCUUUGUAGCAGUCACAAGCUCAAAUGCAGCCAAGAUCUACAACCUCUACCCCAGGAAAGGCAGGAUCGUCCCAGGAGCAGAUGCUGACGUGGUGGUCUGGGACCCCGAGGGAUCCAAGACCAUUUCUGUGGACAACCAGGUCCAGGGAGGAGAUAUAAACCUCUACGAAGGCCUUCGCUGCCACGGUGUACCCCUGGUCACCAUCAGCCGUGGGCGGCUGGUCUAUGAAAAUGGCAUUUUCACAUGUGCCGAAGGCUCUGGAAAGUUUUGCCCCCUGAGAACCUUCCCCGAUUAUCUUUACAAGAAGAUGGUUCAGAGGGAAAAGUGCCAGGCGAUGAAAGCUGUGGAGCGGGAGCCAUACACAGGGGAAGUUGUUGCGGUGGUCAACUCGGGGAAGAGGGACUUUGGGGCCUCAGAUCUGGACACUCCGACACGCCCCUGCACCAGGCACGGGGGCGUGCGGGACCUGCACGAGUCCAGCUUCAGCCUGAGUGGUGCCCAGAUCGAUGACAACAUUCCAAAGCGAUCCUCGGCCCGGAUCCUCGCUCCUCCUGGAGGGAGGUCCAGUGGGAUCUGGUAACUGGCCGGGAGUUCGUCGCGUGACGUCAAAGAAUGACACCUGAGGGAAACCUACGGCCGAGCAAGAUGGCUUGUUUUUUCUUUCUGGAAGCGUAGAAUAUUUGUGUUGGUAAUGGAGUCAGGUUUUUAUUUUGGACUGCAAAACAGUCAACUGUAUAACGUUGCCGGAACAAUAAUAAUAAUAAUAAUAAUAAUAAUAAUAACAAUGAUGAAACAUCAGUGACUAUAGCUUCCAAAUUUCAGUCAAAUGUUAAACCAAAUAUAAGCAGAAAAAAACUUGCCAUGGAAUUACCUUGGCUAUUGAAUCACGUUAGGAGAAAUACUGCAAGGUACUAAUAGUUUUAGUGAGUCAUGGUUUUUAUGAUGCGACUGUGUUACCUCACUGUAAAAUACAAUUUUGCACUUGUAUCAUGUUCUAUUUAGAUGCCUUUUUACAUGAUUUAAUGUCACAAAUGUCACAAAUGUCUUUUUAACUGCGAGCCACGGUGAAUGAGAUGUAAUCAUUUGUUACAAGGGCGUCGGCAUUACGUUAAUAUGUCAGUAAAUACAAAAUAUUGCAAAAUGACCAAUUGAUGACAAACAAUGUAAUGCAAGCUAACCUCUUCUGAAUGUGUUUGUUAAUUUAUUUUUUUUUAUACUGCGUUAUUUGAGCAAUUUUUCUUUGAUGCUACUGCGUUAGAAGUUAAGAAGAAGAAGAAAAAAACCCCAACCCACUGAGGUCGUUGUUCAGUAGUAGCAGAUUAUCAUUUCAGACCACGUUUACAGACUUCUAGCAGAAUGGACUUCUGUUCCACCCCUACCGAAUGUGAAUGAGCCUAUGCUGUGUGCACUGUGCACGGUGGCGUAGUUGUAGUGAGCACCCGCAUUGCAUUGUGAUAGUUUUCAUUUUCCACGGAGAGCGAAAAAGUCUCACCCAAACUGCCUUUUUCUCACACGAGAACACCGACACCCUCAAACAUGCCACCGCAGGUCAUGACCUCUGCCGUGUUUCCACUUGGUCUUUUUUUCUUGUUUCUUGGUUCGGGAACCGAAAAGUGUAGCGUUUCCAAAGCGUUCCUCCGACUGACACUUCCCACGUAACGUACCACUGUGAAGCAUAGAAAAGGGGAAGGGGCUCCUCCCUAGGGUUCACGUCCACGUUUUAACACGUUAAACGUCUACGUUCCUUCGGGGGGCCGAAUGUCGUCGUGUGGCGGCGGUGAGCUCAGCAGCGUGACUCGUUUAGCAACUACAGAAAAGCACUGAUCUCAACUACUGUAUUUUGAUUGUUUGUCUUUUAGUUACGGAGCGUUUCCUGUGAGUAGCUGUCCUCGUAACGGAUUUUUUUUCUCUCUCGUGUUUUUGUCAGAACUGCAGUGUGGGCAGGGAUGUACGCAAGAUUACGAUCAUGUCAAGUCGCCCAGUUUGUGUUCAGAAGUCCCACAACGCUGUUUGGGUUUUUGAUAUGUUGGACAGAUUUCACUUUCGAUCGUUAGAAGCUCCAGUGAUUGUUGUUGUGUCCCACCCCCGCUCAAAUGUACACUGGUGCUGAACAAUGUGUUGUUGUCACAUUGAAUUCCAUUUAUCUCCUCUUCUUCUUUUUUUGCAGCUCUUUAUCACAUGAUUUGAGUGCAAAUAAACCACAAGGAAAUCCUCA